AUUUCCAGCUUCUUUCCUCUGCUUGUUCAGGUGCUUGUUAUAGGCAAAGCGCCCCAGGCGCGGCCUUGUACAGUGUUUACAAUCGCGACUUCUUUCAUCCAAUGACCAAGAGAGUCUUGGAACAACAACUCAGCCCGGCGGCUCUUAGGUAGUACGAGCCUUCUACGAAACAGCACUGUGGGACCGGCGCCCUCUUUCUUCGUCGGGCGUGAGAUAUCCAUAAUUAAAGGCAAGUGCCGCAGACGGCAGCCAGGGUGUGUGAAGUAUAUCCAAGGCAUCAACGUCAUCGGGCGAUCGUUGGCUUUAGUUAAUGUACACCAACAUCAUCAGCUGCUCCGAUAAGAUACGCUUGCGGUUUUCUCGCCUGCGGAGUAACCACUACCACUGCUAGAUACUAUUAACGCUUCUUCCUUACCCGGCUUUCUCCAAGUCUCUCGCUUUCCUUAUCAUCCCAUAGGCUCUGGAAUAGGCUGGGCCCUUUCUUCCCAGGGCCAGAAGCCACCAUGUUUGGGAUUUUCGCAGACUUGUUAUCCUCGGUCCUUACGAUCCUCUUCCCUGCUUUCGCUUCAUACAAGGCGCUUCGAUCAUCCGACCCCUCGCAGUUGGCACCAUGGCUGAUGUACUGGGUAGUUCUUUCCGGAAUCUUACUGGCCGAGUCCUGGACGAUCUUUGUUCUGAGAUGGCUGCCGUUCUACAGUUGGUUCCGUCUGUUUUUCAUGGCAUAUCUCGUACUACCCCAGACUCAAGGAGCGCAGCUUUUAUACGUGCAUUACGUGGAGCCGUUCCUCUCCCAUCACGAGCGUGAGAUUGAAGAACUCAUCGGGCGCACUCACGAACGUGCUAAAGAUUUGGGUCUCCAGUACUUCUACAAGGCCGUCGACUUUAUUCGGGAGAAGGUCCUUGGCCUUCCUCCCCAACGUCCCGCACCUCCUCCACCAACCGGUCCCGCCGCGUAUGCGCAAUACCUCCUUUCACGAUUCAACCUGCCAAGCACCGCCAGGGCGAGUAAUCUACCGCCCACGGGCGACUGGCUGUCUGUAAUCGGCUCGUCCCUGGCAGCUAUGGCGUCGACGGGCCAAGGCAAAGAUGUACAGGUGAAAGAUGUCUCUGCAACGGGUACCAUAUUGCCUCGGGAAAUGGCAAACAUGUCGCGGUCGGAAAAGAUAAAAUUCAUAUCGUCGCAGCGCGAACUGUUGGGAGCAAUUGGAUCUGCAUUGACCCAGGAAGAAAUGAAUCUUGUGGACGAGGAUACCGCGAGUGAUGAGUCUGCGGAUGCCACACCACUGGAGAAGAACCGCAGUGAUACCUCGUUCCACCAUGUGCAUCCUGAGGACAUUCCAAGCUCGUCGGCUGGUCGACGCGAACCCUCUCAGAUUCGACGGGAGAGUGGCGGAUGGACAUCAGGAUGGUUUGGGUAUGCAUCUGGUGCGAAUGUCGCCGGGGAUCAGAACCCUCGAUCGAGGGCAUAAGUGAUGGCAGUUCUGGGCUAUAUUGGUUAAUGGUGUUAGUGUGUUUAUUUACUAUUGGAGUAUUCUUGGUCUCUGGCUUUGCUUUCGGGAUUCUUCUUUUCUUUUCUCCCUUUUUUUUUUUUUUUUUUUUUUUUUGUUGUUGUUGUUGUCGUGCCAGGCAGGGUAACAGUAAUAAUAAAAAAAGACAAAUAUAUAUAUAUGUAUGAAGCAUCAAAUAAUUCAUUAAUAUCGAAUAGAAUGUGGGAUUGCUCCACAGUGACCCAAGCAUCUUCUGUGGUUGAGGGUGGAGGAUCCAAACCGCUACCAAGACAUGGAUUGCUCGCGGACUUUGUUCCUGAGGCCGAGAAGAGAAGAGAAGAGAAUAGGGGAAGGGAAUGGAGAUGCAGGAAAUGAACAAGGAGCAGAAGAAAAGAAUGGGAAAGGGGUACUGAAUGAAUAGACGUACGCGCACACGAAUAUUGACAUGAGAUGGAACCUUUCCUGAAAGCAAAGGCUUAUCUGUAGCCGUGACAGAACAGUAAUUUACUUCCCG